AUCAACAUCCAUAUGCAUGCAUGCAAAAAAUCACCUCUAAUCCUCUAUAGCCAGCUCCAAUCCAAACACACAAAAACAAUACAAAGAAAUUUAUUCCAACAUUAGUAUUAUUAUAAAUAAUUCUUUAAUGAUCAUCUUUCAUCACUCCCAAUAAUUUAUAUUAUAAAGGAAGAGAAUUAUUAUUAUUUGUCUUCGUCUUCGUCUUCAUCUGACUCAAAAUGGGUUGCGGGGAGUCAAAACAUGACGUCGCAACUGGAAACACCAUCCUCCAACGCAAGAAAUCCGAUAAUAGCAUCAAGACCACAAGCAUCAACGCCAAAGACAUAGAAACCGUUCACGAAAACCCGCCUAUUAAUGCAACGGUUGAUCAAGUAAAAGGCGAUAUUUCUAAGGAUCAAGCAAAGGAAGAGGAGAAAAAGGAGAAUAAUUUGUUAAGAGAAGAUGAGAAGAAUAAGAAAGAAAAAUUAGAUGUUGAUGAUGAUGGUGGUGGUAGAGUACAAGUAGUUGGAAGGGAGGUAGGGAGAGAUUCCCCGAAUCGCUUCUUCUCUUCGAGGAAAGAUGAGGAAUUAGGGAUUGAUAUGAUCAUUUCCGAUGGACAAUCUGGGAAAUCUGAGUACAAUACUCCUCGCCAUGGAGCUGGUGAGGCUGCUCAUGAACUUAUUAACAAAGAUCAUAAUAAUGAUGAUGCUAAUAAUACUAAUAAUAAUGAUCAAGAUUUAAAAGUAUUAAAGGAGAAUGAUGAUAAUGGUAACAAGGAAUCUUUGCCUCAUGUUCAACAAGUUACACAAGCUGUUGCUGAUGAUGAGAAAGAAAAUGAAAAGCCUGUAAAUGUGGAGGAGAAUUCGGUGAAAGAAGUGGAAACAAUCAAGGUAGAAGAAAAAGAUUUGAAGCUUGUUGAAGAAGUGAAGAGCACUAAUCAGAACGAUGAGGAAAAGCGUGUGGUUGGUUGACCAAAAAGGAAUUUGAUCAAGACAACAUGAAGAGGACAAUACUAUUUGGGAUGUUUAGCACAGAAUUCGAAAGAUGAAAUAUUCCAGGAUUUUUUUUUCUUUUUUUUCUUUUCAAAAUGUUACUUUAUAGUUCUUGUCUAUGUUAAAUGUUGAUGUUGUUGUUUUAAGAGUGCAUGGUCUUAUUGAAGAUGUUUGUUAAAAUGUUGUGGUGCUCUAAAUGAAAUAUUAUCAAGUAGUACUAUUGUUAUCUACAAUUCUACAUUAUUGGUAACUACACAUA